AGAUGGAUGGUGGGCUGAAGCUUGCCACUCAGGAUCAGCCUCAGAAAGACCUUCUGUCUUGUAUGACGUUGCACCAGCAGGAAGAGAAUGAAGUUUGUACAGAAAAGGAAGUAGGCGUCCCCUGCACUCACUUCUCAGCCAAGCUGCUGCAAACGCAGGGUUUGGCUUCCUCUUCCUUGCAAUCUACAGCAGAGCCUCUGUCUCACUUUGCACAGGAAGAAGUAGAGACUGCAGCAGACCCUGGUGCUGCUGAGAAGCUUGCAAAAACUACAGAGCCGGUUCUGCCAUGUCAGGGUGAUGGGGAGGCAGUGAAAUCAGGCCUACAACCCAGUUUUGAAGGAGAGGAAGACCAGAGUAGAGGAGCAAGUAUGAGCCGCAUAUAUAACCUCAAGCCAGUCAUGGCUCGGGAUAACAGUGCACCAGCAGCCACCUCCACAGCUGUUAAGGAGGAUGUUAGGGCCACAUCCUUUCCCGUGAGGAACAUUUUGAACAAAACAGCCUUGAGUAACAGGACAGAACGAAAUGUGGCUCAGGUGUCUCCUGUUUCUGUACAGGAGAACCAGAGUUUAGAAAGCAGUGGACCUGCUUCUGUCAGAAGCUUAGGCAAGGGGCAUGUACGCACUGGGGCAGCCACAAUAGAAACAACCCCACUUCAGGAUACCGUCUUCAAACCUACACUUUUAGGAAGACCCGGCAUGCAGAAGAAAGGCAAUACUAUAACUAUCAAUCCUCGCAAAAUGACCAGUAACUCCACCAAUGGGAAUCCUGACACUGCCACAAGCAGUAACACGGCCUCCUUAGAAAAUGGGGCAUCAGACAGUGCAGUGGACAAGAAUGAUGUCUCAAAGAUGAAGAAGAGAUACCCUACUGCUGAAGAAAUUGAAGUCAUUGGAGGAUAUCUGUCCUUGGAAAAGUCCUGUUUGGCCAAAAAGGACUCCAGCAAGAAAAAAACGAUGCGCUUUGAUGAGGAUCAUCUGGAGACCACAUUUGAAUAUCCUUCUGAGGGCUUCUUACUGGCAGAGCUGGGACUGGAUGACAAGGAGGUGAUACCUCCGCCACUAGCUCGAACUCCCGCAGUGAAUGAUGAUGAUGAAGAAGAAGAAGCUACUUUGUUCACUCAUAGAGGAGCCCCAGGAUCCACUAGUCGUGGUAAACCACUCAUUGUUGAUGAGUCCUGCAGACGAUAACACAAGAAUGGAACUUUUUCUCUAUUACUAUCAAAAAAAUCAUCAGGCCUUGCAUUUCAUUAAACAAAAUAAUCAAGUGGAGACAAAUGAAAACAGAGAGAGAGCCUGAGUGGCUUCAGUCAUGGAAGAGGAGUGGCAGAACUGAGCGUAUGCAGACCAAUGCCUCAUGUCCUUCCUAAGAUCUUAUAUCUUCUCAGUCUUCCAAAGGUCUUGUUACUGUACCAAUGAAUGUUCCAGCAGAUGGCUAACUCUCAGAAGUUAUCUUGAUGGUGUCUGUCAUUAGUGUUGCAUUUUUGCUUCCAGCAAAUGCACAAUAUCUGUUACAACUGGAGGGCAGUUUAGGUCAUACUAACAUGUAUGUUUGAGUUAUGCAUAUACGUUACAUUUUUAUGUUCAUUGGCUGAGACGUCAAUUUAUUAAUCACUCAGAAUCUAGAUUAAUUUGCAGGUCCACAAACACUUGUGUGAAGACAAAGAUAUUUUAUCCUGUACUCUGAUUGGUUAAUAAGCUGCAGUAUGUAAGCUAUAAUUGAAAGUGUAUGUUGCAGACGAUUUUUACCGAAACAACAUUGCAAAGAAACGUGAUCACUCUUUCUUAAUUUGAUUUUUCUCUGCUUGGAAUGGACUGUUCUCUUACACGUCAGCAGGAUUAUCUUUGCCCCCUUUUAUAUAUGGUUCGAGAUUUUUCUCAAGACCUUUUUCCUAAACUGUGCAAACAACAGGUCUCGGAGUGGGGGUAUUUUUUUAAGUUUCUUGUUUUGCACAAAUUGGCGUGUGCUUUUUGCUCUCGCUCUCUCUCAUUCCUUCUCCGUUUACAUUGAUGAGUUUUCAUUUUUCCAGUUUGCCUUGGAAACAUUCAAAUGCUGGGCUGGCACCACAGCACUUCAAAUGAGUACCAGAAUCUGUUUUUCUUUCUUUCGUUUUACUUUUUUUCUUAUUAACUGUCAGCAGUAACUGCUGCCAGUCCAUGUGGGUCUUUCGUAGAUGUUACAUGUUUUUUUAGGAUUUUGUCUGGUUUUUCCAUUGCGAGAACUGUUACACUUCCAAAGAAGGUCACACAAACUAGCUUUCAAUUUCCAAAUUAUUACCUUGUGAACUUGCUGUUGCACAAAUUGAAACUGUAGUCAACAUUGAUUAUAACUUAAUUUUGUCAUUAAAGAAAUGGAAGAGACAAGCCCAAAUGAAGGUAGGGAGGAGGUUGUGAUAAAGAAGUUGGUCUGGUUACGUUAUAAUCGUAUAAUCAUAAAAACAUUUGGGUGUCGGGAAGAGACAGUCUUGGGACACAAAGUAUUGCUUACUUUAUACCCGGCAGUUAAGAGCAAGUGAAAAAAACUGGGCCAGGGUAUUUUGAAUGUGAUGUGCUUGUGCGCCAUUCUGUACUGUUAGCGCCUCUUUGUGAGGCUUUGUUUUAAUGCAGCUGAAAGAAAAACAUUUUUGUCAAAAUGCGGCUGUGUGUAAGCCGGAUAUUGGCACAUGCAGUCCGUCAGUAAGGCAGUCAGGAUCAGUAACUGUUUACUUAAGCAGACUUGAAUAGAAUGCAGGGAAUUGAGGAAGAAGCCCCUGCUAAGUUUUGUAUGUCACCUUUGUGUUUCGUUUAGCUAUUGUAUGCUGCUGCAUUUAAAGCACUCAUCUGAAAAAGGAGACGAAAGGCCUACAAGGUAAGGUGUAGUGAAGGAUUUCAGCCAUGGUAACUGUAUUGAGAGAACUUGGAAGCUUUCAGUGUAAGUAAAUAUUUAUUAGGUUUAUGCCAUAUAGACUAUAAAGAAUUAAUAAAGGAAGCAUCCGUAAAUUUCAGGCAUUAGCACUUGUUUUUAUCUAAUUAAAAAAAGUCUAAAUUUUGUGUGGAAAAUUCCCAUUAUAAUCAUUUUUAUUCCUUUUUUUCUUUGGAGGAUUCUAUCAUUCAGUGCAUGUAUUACAUCACAUCUGUUUAAUUUAUGUUUUAGGCAUAUCAUUUUGAACAUUUUUCUUUAGUAAAUUAGUAAUUGGAAUUCUGUUUACAAGUCACUCAUGUCACACUUAUCAGAAACAUUAAGGAAAACUUCAGUUACUGAACGUUUGUUGAAAAAAAACAAAAAGCAAAACUAAUUCUAUGGGCUACACAGCAAGUAUUCUGCAAGUAACCUUUCAUGUCUGAAAAUUUUGAGAAAUUUUUUGUCAGUUCAAUUUCCUGGAAUACGCAAUCUUUAUUUUUAGACGAUUAGCAGUAUAAUUUAAGAGGGGAAAUCUGCUGAAUCCUUGUGGGAUUGUUUCACACAAAUACCUGCACUGUUUGUGGCACUUAAGGGGGCUGCAUUGCCAGCAUUUCAGGUUUUACAAAAAAUAAAUAAACGAGAAAGCAAUUAGGAGCACAGAAUGUCUGUGUGGAGUCACGUCUUCUGUGGUACUGUGCCGCCUUCUGCUGGUUGACUGUGGUAUUGUCUUAUUUCUUUCUAGCCUGACUUAAUUUCUUUCUUGAGUGGCAGUAACAGAAAAUGCAGUUUCUGAAAGAAAUUAAAAUAUUUCUUUUUGAAUCUUUCAUUGCUUUUAUUUUCAUAUAAAAAUGCAUUUUUGACAGUAUAAUUCCAAUGACUUUAAACUAUUCAAUAUUUCAUUGUGUUUUUUAAAAUGUAUAUGCAUUUUUAAAUGGGCAUUUAUUAAAUACAAAAUAAACAGUCAACAAAAUUAAAUGGCAGUUCAUUUUUAAAAAAGAAAAACUUUUGUAAGCCUGUUUGCUAAUAUUAAUCUGUCAAAUGUGCAUGUGAUUAAAGAAGAAUUUCGCUUGUGUUACUUUGUUUUAUGAAUGAAUGCCGACAUAUAAAAAAUGAAUGUCAAUAAAUUGUUUUGUUUAAA